AUGGGUGCAGAGUGUAAAUGUCAGGUGAAUAAUUUGGAGCUCUCUCAUGUUUGCAGGCUUCAGUGGACAGAGAGGACCUUGAGAUGCAGAGAGACCAAGCAGGAAGCGUUGCGGCGUCAGGAAGAGAAGGCCCUGACAGUGACAGUGACACCCCGAGGAGGCAGGGAUGAGCGUGAGCGGCUUCCUGGAGACACCAGUGGCAGAGCCCAGUGGCUGAUGGGAAUGAGGAAACCGACUAAAAAUUGCUAUUAUUGUUAUUAUCAAGCUCACCAAUCCCUUCUAAAACAUCCAGACUUGCAAGACAUUGUCUGUGCCCUGCUUCAUUACAAGAAAAUGAAAAUGUCUCAAAUGACUAAUGUGAACAAAAUGUCAUUGUUGUCAGUGUCUCCCCUGAACCCUGGCCUCCACCCCAGUUCUUCUGGGCUAGACAAGCUAGAAGAAAAUGUGGAGGUCCCUUUUUGGCUGCAGGAGGGGGCUGUCACCACCCUCAGGAAACCAGCUCCCUUCUGCCCCUGCUGGGAUGUCCCUUCCCAUCCAACCUUUCUAGCAAAAGCGAAUCAGGUUUCUGUGACACGACCCAUCCAUCCAAAAGGCACCCUCAUCCAGCACUCCGCUAAUGCCACCGCAGCCAUCUGUGGGACUGACAGCCCUCCCACCGAACAGCCCUCCCUAUCUUCAGGAAGCCGGUGUCCUUGCUGGGAGCGAGAGGAAGGCCGGAUACAGAUGGCCACCUCUUUCAACUCCAGACCUAAUUUCCCAACGCUGGUCUCGGGCGCCACAAAACCCGAGCGGCCCGACCGGAGCCGGGUGCCAGCCUCAGGGCCGCCGGGGCCCGGCGCAGCGUCCGGAAUUCCUGCGAUGUCUGGGGCCCGGCGGCGGCUCCUCCCCGCCCCCACCGCAGCCUCCGCCGGCAUUUUCCGGCGAGGAGGCCCGCGAGCCCUUCGAAGAACCGGCUCCACGCGCGGCCGGCCGCGGCCGGCGCGCUUCCCGGGGAGAAAGGCGAGCGCGGCGUCCGGACCGCGCGGGCGGGACCGGUGUGAGUGCGAGUGUGUGCGAGGGAGCGUGUGCGAGGGCGAGUGUGCGCGCGAGUGUGCGGGUGUGUGCAAGUGUCUGUCUGUCUGUCUGUGCGGGGACUCGGGGGCGGGCGGUUCGGGCUCUCCUGGCGGAGGAGCCGCCGCCGCCGCCGCCGCCCGGGCCCCGGCGCUUCUCGCUGCGCAGGUUCGGAGCGCGCGCCAUUUUGUGAGAUUUACAAAAUCCUCCUCGGGAAGAAGCCGCCGGCAGCAGCCGCCGCUCGGCGCCCGGCCUCGCCGCCGCCGCCCUCUGUGCCGGGCCGGGCCGCGCGGCCCCGCCGCCGGGAAUCGGGGCCCGGGGACUGCGGUAUUUGCCGGGGAGGGGGCUGUCGCCUCCCCGGCCCCGGGCGCCGCUGGAACCGCGAGCCGAGGAGAGACUGAGCAGGCUGCGGCGCGGCCAGGAGCCGGAGCGCCGGGGGCGGAGAGAGGCUGCCGGGGCGGCGCUGGCUGCGGAGGCCGCGGCGGGAGCGGGAGCGCGAGCGCGGCGCGGGAGCCCGAGGCUGAGACUCACCGGAGGAAGCGGCGCGAGCGCCCCGCCAUCGUCCCGUUGACAACACUGAGAUUACUUUCAUUUUCCUGUAAGUCGUCAUGAAUUUUUCUGGUCAACCAUGAGUUAUCAGCAGAAGCAGUAAGUAGGAUGUACUGUAAAAGAAUUACAAUAAAAUAAGAGAAACCACUUGGAGAGCAAGAGGGCUUGUGGACUUAGGGGAACAGUUAUGAGAAGUGUCUCAGAAUUUAAUUUACAAAUAACGUUGAUAGAUUGACAUGUUGUCUUUCCCAUGAAGUAACUUUCAUUACCUCGGCCUUAAUAGUAAACUACUAUGAAAGUGAAUUCACGUCUAUCUUGAUUUGUGAGCUGAUGAAAAUUACAAAAUGUAGGGUUUUUUCCCCAGAUAAAUAGUGGAAUGUUCAGGUUUGAUGCCUGGAAAAUAGCUGAAAUUUUCCAUGGUAGUAGGCAUAUUUUGAAACUGUUUUUCUUUUCUCUGACAAUUGAAUAUAUUUUAUAUAUAGUUGAUUUUGAUUAUUGAAGACUAAGGAAAAUUGAUUUUAAGUAAGUUUAAAUGUUAGAAAAUGAAUUUUGCAAAUUUGAAGUAAUUUUAUAUGUUUUGGGAUUGUAGUUAUGUUAGAUAUUCCUCAGUUGGGGUAAUUGUCUUGCAUCAUUAUCUCUUAUCAUCAUCUGUUUUUCUUCACACAGUGUUAUAGUUUUGCCGCUGGACUCUUCCCUCCCUUCCCCCACCCCAUCAGGAUGAUAUGAGACUUGAAAGAAGACGAUGCAUACAGGUGACUCAAGUUUUGAAAUACAGUAAAACUGUGGCUAAGAGAAUGUGGGAAUCGAUGGUGUAUUUUGAAUGGGGGAGCGUUCUGAUAAAUAGUAGGGGGAAUUGUAGAUCAGUAAAUGCAAAGGUAGUUGGGCUAUUUGUUAAACUUUUGAACUCAGAUUGAUAAUCAGUGAUUUACAAUGGUGUUAUUACAAAUACAGCAUAGUAAUUGCUAGCACUUAGGCUUUUCAAGAGCUAAUAUUUUGGUGGGAAUUGGAAUAAUUCUGUUAAUAAUGUAAAUAACACAGUUACCUUUAUGGUUGAAUGCAUGUCUCCCCCAGAACUCUAUUAGAAUAUGGCAAAUCUUUUAUGGGAGUAGAUGUUAGUAGGAUAUCAUUAAAAAGACUGACAGUUAAAUUAAGGAUAUUAUAUUCAUACGUAUGGUUUCUUAAAAAGAUAUGCUCUGAGAUUUUGUUUAUUUUUUCCUUGUUCCUGAUAUCCCUGCCUCCCAUUUCCUUCCCUCCCUUCCCCUCUUAUCCUUUUGUCAUUUGUAUUUUUAUACAGAAGAAGCAGUGUGAAGGCAUUUUU